UGUUACUAAUUUGACGCCCCAAGCAGUAAAAGAUUGAUUCAAUUCUUUCUCGUAACCUCUCUAGUAUAUAUUAAGGUUUAACCAAUGCUAAUUCAUCAGUUGCACUAAGGAAGUCUUUGAAGAAAGAUCAACAUGUUAGCUAAAAUUUUAGUUUGUGCCAUCGCAGUGGCGGCGUGUUGUGGCCAGGAACACGGUUACAAAUAUAAACCUGUACAAAGGGAACAUGUUAAAGAAUAUAAAUACCCAUCUCUUCAUAGUUCACUGGGUUUAGUUAAUCAUGAACCAGCGCCCAUACACGAAGAAGAAGCUGCAGUAGAACCUGUUGAGGUCUAUCAAUCGCAAGACCUUAAGAAUCCCUCAGUAGUGAACUAUAGACCCGUCCACCACGAACCAGCCAUAUCAUCACAGAGCGUAGUACAUUUCCAGCCAUCUGCUCACCAUGAAUCUCAAUCUCAAGAAGCUUCUGGAGAGUACAACGAACAACCACUCGCCUACAAACAGUACUACCAAGAACAAGUGAAGUUACAACAGGGAGUCAAGAACAAUAUUCAGUCCCUACAUUAUCCUGUAGCCUCACAUGAAAUAAAGUCGCCCCAUGUCCCAGCUCAUGAGCAAGCUCAUUAUAUUCGUGUGCCCGCUCAUCAUUACCAUUCUUCUAGCCAGGAAUCAGAAAAUCAUGGACCAAUUCACCAAGUUGAAUCUCAUUCUCAUGAUGAACCGAUCGAUUAUUAUGCUUAUCCUAAAUACCAAUACGAAUACAAAGUGGAAGACCCACACACCGGAGACAACAAAUUCCAACACGAGAUCCGCGAUGGGGACAGUGUGAAAGGUGUCUAUUCCUUGCACGAAGCUGACGGUUCAGUCCGAACUGUUGAAUAUAGUUCCGAUAAGCACCAUGGAUUUAACGCUGUAGUUAAACAUUCGUCGCCAGGACAACACGUCCACAUUAAAAGUCAUCACGAAAACUAAUUAUUAA